GGACUUUAAACCCAAGUACACUACCACGGACCCCACCCGAAUUAAUCUCACGUGUGCCAAGUGUACCAUUUUGAAAUCUUCGGACCGGAAGUGUGGUUGGGAUGCGCAGCAGCUACAAGGGAAGCGUCCGAAAUGGCUGAGACCCACAGUUUACAGGACCUCCAGCAGCCGCCGGUCUCCUCCAAGGUGUUUGUCCAGAGGGACUACAGCUCAGGAACCAUAUGUAAAUUCCAGACCAAGUUCCCUUCUGAGCUGGACUCAAGGAUUGAUAAGCAGCAGUUUGAGGAAACAAUCCAGACUCUGAACAACCUGUAUGCUGAGGCCGAGAAACUUGGAGGAAAGUCUUAUCUGGAAGGCUGCUUGGCUUGUCUGACUGCCUACACCAUCUUCCUCUGUAUGGAGACACACUAUGAGAAGGUGUUGAAAAAGAUUGCAAGAUUCAUUAAAGACCAGAAUGAGAAGAUUUAUGCUCCCAGGGGCUUGCUGCUGACAGACCCCAUAGAGAGAGGCCUCAGAGUUGUUGAAAUUACCAUAUUUGAAGACAGAAGUAUUGGCUCCGGAAGAUAAAAGAAUCUUCUCAAGACAAUGUCAUAUCUAACAAACAACUUUUUCCAUGGAGAUGAUUUUGGAGCUCCUAUAUGAUGUUUUUCUUUGAAGUUAACUAAAUCUGCAUUUUCCAGUUUUUGAUUCCUCUCUCCAAAACCAUCAUUUAUUGAUCUCAAUCAGAAUUACCUUAAACUGUCAUUGUGUAUAAUGAAAUAAAGGUUUUCAACUCUUUUUAUGCAUAAUUUCAGAAUUCCUGCUAUUCCUGUUGCAGGACUUCAGCUAAACUGUAAGAAACAAAUGCAUUUAGUUUUAGCCUUCUUAUGCCUUGUAACAUAACUUUACUCUGUGUCUUACGUCUCAAGCCUGAUCACUCAGAUGUUUUCAUCUGGAAGAUAUAUUCAUUUUAAUUUGAUCAUUUUUCCUGUUAUUUAUAUGUACUCUUUUUCUGUGCUUGUAUGUUUGUGCUUUUUUCUUGUUUUUUUAAAUACAUAUACAUAAAGCCUUUUGGAAAACAUCCCAUUGAUCAAGACAAGUCUUUAUAUACCGUGCCAUUGUGUUAAAUGCCUCUUCUUGACCACUGUAUUUGUAAGUGAUUGAAGGUGUGUCUUGUUUUACAAAUGUAAAUACACCUAAUGUGUUUUCUGUUUAUGGAAAAAGAUGCAGUUGGUGGAGGUUGCGGGUAGUUGCCCACAGUAUUAACAACAUGGUUGUAGUCUUUGUGAGACAAAUCUUUUCCUAGUGACAGAAUGUGGGUUUUUGGGACUGUUUAGUUUUCUGCCAUCAGUGAUGGAGCAUGGUUCCCAAAUUCAUCACCUAACAUGAACCAUGUCCUCAGCCUCCCAAUUUGUGCUAAACUGUACAUAUUUGUCCACAGAGUUGAUUCAGUUGCCCAUCGCUUCCACAGAGAUCUGAAGGACUCCACAGAUGGUGGUUGUAUGAUACAACUGGUCCACCUUUUAUGACGGUCAUUGAUAUGUUUUAUCUAAAUAAACAGUGGUUUAUCUAAAUAAA